AGCAAGAGCGUUGAGAUUGGGAGUGUUUUGAUGUGUAAGCAUUAGUUGAUAUUUAAAAAAAAAUAUUUACAACAAUGGAACUAGCGGAAUUGUGUAGAGUUUCGGAAAAAUACGCCACAAAGGACAAAUCUGUUCGCCCGAAAACAGUACCGGAAAGAAGGGGAAUGUCUUUCUCGAGGUCCAUCCGGAAAAAGAACGGUAAAAGAGCUCAAAGAAACCGAAGUAAAAGUCUGCCGUCCAUCGCCAUAACUGUUCCAAAUCAAGCAUUAAAUCCAGUAUACAUCGAAGCCAAAGCGAACUCCGAACCGAGGCAGCUGCCGGAGAGUAUCCCGGAAGAGCUGGACACCAGUCGGAUUAGGCAGUUCAGUACCACUAUGAAAGGACUUGUGAACCAAGGUGAUCUGUGCAUAGACGGCCGUAGGGACAGCGCGGUUUCUACGACGGGCUACCGUCGUAUGAGCACGAUGUCAAUUCAGAGCGUAUGCGGAAACUACGGGCGCCGAGACAGCGUAUACGCGGAACAGGCCCGCCGUCGGAACAGCUCCUUUGCAGCCGCAUACUGCACUCCCGUCCGGCGUACCAGCUGCUUCGCGUCCAUGGAAAACCGGAAAAUGGGAGUCAAACCCGGACUUGAAAGUUCCCAGGAUUCGGUUCUCGACGAGUGCCCAUCGCAGUACCAGGUGCUCGUGCUGGGGUCCACUGGCGUCGGCAAGAGCGCCAUCAUCAGCCAAUUCACAACCUCAGAGUUCCUGGGCGCCUCGGACGUUCAUACAGAUUCGGAAGAGAACAAAACAAGCGUCUCCGUGAUAUUGAAUCAAGAAGAAUCGGUGCUCGAACUAUUUGAAGAAAACAAUGUGUCAACGCUGAAUGAUAACAGCGACUUUCAAGCGGAUGCGUAUAUGCUCGUUUACUCGUGCGCUGACCGUUCGUCCUUCAGGUCUGCGUGCGCAACUUUGCGACGUCUGAAGGAGGAAGCAGGCGGCUCCAAGACUGUGAUGAUUGUUGCCAACAAGGUGGACCUUGUCAGAAAACGUCUGGUGACUUCGGAUGAUGGAAAGAACUUUGCCAACUCGUAUAACUGCAAAUACAUCGAAACCUCGGCCGCUCUUAAUCAUAACAUCGACGAGUUGCUGGCGGGGGUUCUCAGUCAGAUCCGCCUAAAACAAUACGGCCCCUGUCCCACGGUCGUGAGUCCCGAGCAGAAAAAAGGCCAACAGAAAGGGCUCACAAGCGCCCUUAAAACUGCGAUUCGCGGAGUGUUCGGCGGGAAGAAGCACAAAGUGAAGGGAUGCGAGAAUCUUUAUGAGAUAUGACAAUGAAUUGAGGAACGCAAGUGAUGUACACUUGUGUGCUAUUUGAAUGAUCUUGACACUUGUUCAAGGCGAGAACGACAAACGCGAACAUACAGACAUAUGGUCUCCGUUCUCCAUGUUGCCGACGAAGAAAAUACAUGUACAGGCGAACACAAAAUCGGUCGCGCAAACAAAAGAGACUGGCAUUUGUGCGUUGCAACAUUCUAGUGCGAUGAUCAGAAGGCUAAAAACGGAAAAAAAGACUUUAUUAGACGUGCAGAAAUAAGCGUUCCACACAGUUGCCGUACUAUUAUGCUCAAUUAAUGUAAAUGUAAUGUGCAAUAUAAACUUCUCUCUCACAACAGCUCUCCGCGGGUUUAAGAAAAUAUUGAUCCACGCGGUAAAGCUGCUCUGGAGUUUCCGGGUUCGUUUUUUUGGUGCACGGUGCUUCAAACAUUUGUAAAUAUCUUCAAACGAUGACUCAAAUUUAUACAGGUGGUUAAAUUCACAGAUUUAUUUUUUUCAUUGUUUUGUUACAUAUGCUAGACGUUGGAAAAAAUCUUUAUCAAAUACGUGUUUUUUCUAUACAUGUUUCACUGUUUUAUAUUUAAAUGCGAGAUACACACGUUUGUCACAUAUUUCUUUGAAGUUAAC